UUUUUUGCCGCGACCCACACGCAUCGAUUGAUGUAAGGGCGGCGCUGGGUUCUUUACCAUUCAUUUUGAACGCUGCGACCCACGGCAGCGCGUGCUAUUACGAUUGUGAGCAUUGGGGCAGCAUGCCUCCCAAGGAGAAGAGGGCACGCACCGAGCCGCCGCCGGAGCACACAACAGUCGCGCGCACCGGGCGGGUGCCCCUGGUCGCAACAUUCCACAUCGGUUCCCGUCAUGGUGACGUCCGGCGCUGCAAAACGAAGGCCGAGCUUGUCAGCGCCAUCGAGGAUUAUCAAGUAACGCGUCCAUUGACGGACGAGCUGGUCCGCAACCCGGUCGCGGACUGGAAGGUCGUUUACCGGGACGCGCUGGACGACGCGACGUCAUCACUAAUCGCGGCCGACCCCACGGCAGAGGCACUCAUGGGUCCCGGCCCGGGCGGCGCGUGGGCGUUCUUCCUCGACCGGCCGAACCCGGACGACUACGCGCCGGACGACGGAGAUUUCUGGGUGCUCGAACUGAAGUUCGAGCGCGACGUCGUCAUUACCGCGGUGAGCCUCGAGGGCUUCACGUUCGGGCACACGCGCCUCGAGCUGAAGGCGGUCGCAAACCAAGGCGAGACGCCGGGCUUUGACCGCUUGAUCGACGAGUCGCGUUGUUUUUACGGACCCGACACCGUCGCUGAAUUCGACCUGCCCUGUCGAAGCGCCGAUGACAUGCCUGGCGCGGAGGUCCUCGACCAGCGCGACCCGGCGCAACGGGCAGCGUUCUGCCGGAGCGUCGCCCGCGGCCAGAUGAUCAAAGCGCUUUCGGCUAAUGACUCAGAGCCCUCGGUCGCCGGCCGCCACUUUCGCCUCAGAGAGCGCCGCGACAUGGACCAGGACCGCGCCCUAGAAGCCAGGGUCCGGGGCGGUUUUCCGGAAAACCUGUCCCGCGUCCUCGUCCGGAGCCGGGUCAGCGUCGCGUACGAGGAGGUGUUUCCGGGCGCCCCGGGCGCGGCCUCGUUCCUGCGCGACCUCCACGCGCUCCAGGCCGACGAGGCGUUCCACGACUGCGUGCUGCGCGGUGCUACAUCUGAAGGCUCCGUUGACGUGAGUUCCUGUCGCUUCCUGCUUGCGGCGCGCUCGGAGUAUUUUCGCGCGCUGUUCUUCGGACCGAUGGCCACGACGGAGCGCGUCGUGGACGUCGGGGAGAUCCCGUCCGCGGAGGCACUGCGCGGCAUCGUGAAGUUCCUGUCGACCGGCCAACCGGACCGCUGCGAUAGUUUCGUGGCGGCCGUCGAGCUCUUCGCGUUGGCGCACCGCUUUUCCCUUUUCGACCUCGCGGAGUCGAUCCUCUACUGCCUGCAAGACAUCGACGAAAUGAACAUGUGGGGCAUCCAGAACUUGCUUCCCCGCGCGAGUCAGCAUGAGGCCAACGACCCAAAGUUCUCGGGCAGCGCCAUCGUUGCAGCGCUGACUCGGGCGGGCGAGCUCCACGUCGAGGAUUGCGCGACGCCGCUCUUCAGCGUCCUCGCGACGACGGAUCGGCGCGCGGUCGCGCACACGGACGAGUUCAAGGCGUUCGGGUUGCGAUUUCCCGAGCUCGCCACGGCGUAUUCCCGGAUGCUCACGCAGUACAUCACGAACAAGGAGAAGCAGGAAGACCUUCGGCGCCGGCGGGGAUGGGGAUAAAAUAAUACUAGUCACAUCAUAAC